AACCAUUGUAAAGAAUAUUAUUUCGGUCACACGCCAGUAAAUUUUUCGUAUAUAUAAAGACGCGUCAUUUGGUGAAUACAUGCAGAUUGGCAGAGAGAAAGCGAAACACUGCGAAAAUGAUAGAAAAAAUAAUGAAAACCAUACUUGGUGUUGUUUUACUAUCGGUGGUUACACAUGGUUUAGAUUAUCUGAUUGAAAAUUACGAAACAAGUUUAGAACCAGGGAAAUUAGUAGCCACUAUUCCUCAAUUGGCUAAGUCCUACAAAAUAUCGUUUGAUUUAAAGCCAAAGUCAUACCCAUUUGGUAUUUAUAGUGUUCUUCAUUUCACAAUUGGUGGAAAUCUUAAUGAAAUCGGAGAUAGAACUCCAGCAUUUUUGUUUCGAAGCAAUGGUACAAAAAACUAUUUAUUUUGCAUUGCUGCACCUAUAAAUGGAGAUAUUUCCACACAAAUAUAUAUUAAACCACCUCCUCUCAAUGCAUGGACAAAAGUUGUUGUCAGUCAGAGACGCGUUUAUAGCAAGUAUGUGUUCAAAAUUUAUCUAAAUGGAACGAAUGUAUUUUCCGAAAGAAAUAAUGAACCCCAAAAAUUUAACAAUGUUAAAGUUUUUGCUUCAAAUCCUUGGUAUAAACAUCAUGAUGGAUCAAUAAAAAAUCUAAUUCUUGAAAAUGGGGAGCCAGGUGAAUCUUUAGCACAAGCUGUUUUGGCAAAAAGCUAUGUGUUUCUUUUAAAAGAAAUGACAUUGAAGAAAAGUAACUUGGUUGCGGUUCUGUCAAAAUUAGAAAAAUCAUUUACCAUUCAAUUCCAUUUAAAACUCAACAAUUUUUCAGAUGGGUAUAGAAGUGUUAUUCAUUUUACUAAAGAAGAAGAUAAUCAAUACUACGGUGAUCGAAUUCCGGGCAUUUGGGUUUUUGAGCAAAAGUUACACAUUGCUUUUGCAAUAAGUGGUGAAAAAAAUAAAUAUUUUAAUUCCGAUCAACUUCCACUAGACCAAUGGAUAGAUGUUCAUAUAGAACAAAAUGUUCAACCGGAAAAAACUUUUUUUUUUGUGCUUAUUAAUAACAAAUUAGUAUAUGAAGUAGAAAACUUAGACGCACAAGAAUUUUUAGAUAUCAUCGUAUACGCUGGAGAUCCAUGGUAUGAAGUUCAGGAUGGUUCCAUCAAGGCUUUCACAGUUAGUAAUAGGCCUAGAGAUAAUAAAAAAAGUUUGAAAAAAGACGCCGUACGAAAAAAGACGUUUGGGUUCAAAUUUUAGAGUGUUACGAUAAAAUACUUUCUACUUUGAGUUUUUGUAUUACUUAAAAAUGUAUUUUCCACAUCAUAUUCUACUUAGUUUUUAAAGAAAAAAAUACAUUUUCUUUUUAUUUCA